GGGGGGCAUGCAAGAGUACGGUGAUUGGGAAAUCCUCUCACCAGUUAAAGGCUUGCAUAGACCUGGCACAUUGUCGCAGAUAUCACCGUGUAGAAACCUGGGACUCCGAGCAUUUGACUUGCAGACGAGAAGUGCAAAAAUCAAGAUGGCGAACUUUGUUGGACGAUGGGAAGACACUGGCGAAAGGGAGAACUUUGAAGAAUUUGCCACCGCAAUGAAUUUGCCGGCAGACAUGUUGGAGAAAUACCGGGCGACCAAACAAACAAUUCAGUACGGCAUCAAUGGCAACACAUGGACUAUGAAUCCCUCUAGCACUCUCUUUCCUGGAAAGGAGAAAGUCUACACUUUCGAAAUCGGGAAAGAAGUGAAUGAUACUGGUUUAGAUGGCAAUCCCAUUAAAUUUGUGAUAACGGUGGUUAAUGACAACGAGAUCUUUGAGGACCUGAAAGUAAAGAUGGGCGACUCAUGGAAGGACUAUAAGGUCUCCAGGAAGGUGGACGGGGACACAAUGACCACGACUUUAUCAGCCUUUGGAAAAACUAUGACAAGCACACAGAGAAAGUUGAAAUAAAUGUCGUGUAACAGUUCAUCUAGAUCUGCCAUCGAUCGAAGGAAAUAUUAGGGGGGGGGGUGGAUGGUCGUGGCCAUUUCCAAGCUAUAAUUACCUCCUUUACAUGGACAGCUCUGCAUGUAUAAAGAUACAGGAAAAUGCUUAAAAUUUAAAGCUGAAAUAUUGGAAAGUUGAAGACAGAUGUAAUGGUUAAUUUGUUGAUCAUCCGGCCUCCAUAUUGGUUUUGAAGAAAUAAUUAAUGUGAUACACACCAACUCCUCCUCAGUUUUCUAAAAUCCAGUGUUAUAUGUAAUGUAUAAUCAAUUAAUUAUCAAUAGAAAUAUGCAAUUUUU